UGUGGCUGAGGCGCGUGGCGCGAGACCUUCAUCCUCGGACUAGCGGGUAACGGUACGUUCAGCAUGCUGGAAGCGCCCGCCUUGGUGUCGUAUGGCAGUCAUGAUCAAAGCCCUCUUCCACCGCCGGGUGUCACUACUAUGUUCCAGAUUCGGAUUCGUUCUACAGGUAUCUGGUUUCGGGAGGCAGACUGGAGCCGUGGAUACAUGGCGCUCGAGAAAGACAUUCAACCAAGCUACUUAGUGACCGCUGAAGCCUAGAUCGCAUGCGACGCGCUCGGCCGUGGCUUGGCCGUGGCGAUCCAGAAGAAUCCCGGCCGGACCCGGCGAAACACAAACGCGAGACUAGAAACACCUCAGCGUCGGCUCAGCGCCCAUUUAAAUGUUACCCCCCACGCCUGUAUUCGCCGCCAGGACCUAACGUUGGUUUCCUCUCCACAACGCCAUGCUGCCCAACCUCGGUGUCUUCACAGUCCUCUUCAGCUCGUUCGCCACUUUUUGUGCCGCAAGUGACGCGUUCUUCGCGACGGCGAUCGUGACCGACGCUAAGAACAACUCAGCUCUCGAGUGCUGGCAGCUAAACGCGAGUGUCUCUGUCUCGAGCGGCGCGGGUACGGCAGGCGCGACGAGCAUCCAGCUGGGUGACCUCGCGAACGCGACAUACACCGUACUCCCGCCAAACUUCUAUGGCGGAGUCCAUAAUGCGCCUUAUCCCCAAUGGGUCGUCUUCACCUCGGGCCUGGCAGUAGUCACUUUGCCGAACAACCCGGGCACUGCAUACGUGCCCGGAGGGCCGAAUGGAAUUAUCAUCGCGGUCGAUACCACCGGCAGCGGUCAUAACACUUCGUACCCGUCCAACGACGAGACAGUUGCGCUUCAGAUACCUUUCGCCGACGGUGCGGUCCCGCCGCAUACCGUCGUGAGUGAAGGUCCCUGUGUCGGAAACCAGAUACAAAAUGUUAGUGCGACGGAGUGAAAUUGGGGCUGAGGUACGUCUCCCAAUCCGGUGACGCGGUUUCAGCUUGAGAUCAGUCUUGACUGAGGUUCCCUAGGGGAGAUGUGCGAAUGGUCCACUCAUAGUCAGUAUACGUUAUCUGAAACUUAAUAUCCACGUCGAACAAGCCAGGGGAUAUAACUGUCUUUUUGAACUUGUCUUUUGAUGAUGCGCGCUGUUCGCGUGAAUCUCAUGCUUCCUUUCGUGGCUG